AUGGCGAUCAAAGAGACACCGAAGGAUCAUCCACUGGAGGUGGCAAUCAUCGGAGCAGGACCGGCUGGACUCGCUGCAGCUGUCGAGUUCAACAAACUGCCAUACGUGCGCUGGCGACUCUAUGAGCAAGCAAAUGCAAUCAGGGAAGUGGGCGCGGGCAUAAGUAUACAGAGAAAUACCUGGCGCAUUCUGGACGUCCUGGGAGCUUCGAAGAACUUUGAGCCUGGGAGUUUCUUCCGCGCAGCUGAUGGGCACUCCGUUCAGCAUCGUAACGGGAGGACAAGAGAACUUCUGGCGUCUCAUACGCAGCGAGAAACUUCACCAGAUCAUCUUCAUGCCCGUACCCGGCGUUCCGUUCUGCAACAGGCCAUUCUGAAAGAGGUGGACCUCAGCCAUGUGCGGUUACGGUCACGCCUUGUUCACAUUGAACAAACACCGACAGGCAGGGUCAAACUCGGCUUCCAAGAUGGAUUUGAAGACGAAGUUGAUCUCCUUGUGGGAGCAGAUGGAGUCCGUUCGGUCGCUCGGAGUUUCGCUUUCCCUGACCACCGCAUCAGCUAUACUGGCAAGAAAGCAUUCCGGUCCCUCGUCACGUACGAGGAGAUGGCUUCGAUUCCUGAUGUACCUCGUGACGCUGUGACUUUCUGGCACGGCCCGCACGCCUGGCUGUAUACUUGCCCACUAGGCGACAAUGUAUACGAAAUCACGACCAUGGUCACGGAACACGACGAAAGCGAAAGCCAAGUGAGCUGGGGCCAGGAGGCCUCGUUUGACCAAGUCACGCCGCACUUCAAGGAAUUCGAUCAGAAAGUCACAGACAUCAUAACUCUACCAGACAGCGUCGAACAGUACGCAUUGUUCGCUGGACCGCAACUGACAACAAUCGUGGCACACGACUCCAUAGCCCUGGUUGGCGAUGCCUCUCAUCGUAAGUCAUGUGGUGUAGGUGCCGGUGCUGGCUUUGCUCUUGAAGACGUGUUUGUGCUUUCUAGGUCGAUAGCAUGGGCUCAUGACCGACAUCUUGGUCUUGGAGAUGCCCUGCAAUUGUUCGACCAGGUCAGGUCGCCCCAUUACCGACGUCUGUACGGCAUUCUAGGAAAAUUCGCUGACACAGUGGCGUACCUGGAGACUCUGGAUCCCAAGCCAACGUUUGACACCGCCGUCGAAGUCUUGGUUCAGAACAAUUGGGGGUACGAGCACAGUUGGGCAUAUCAUUACAAUGUCCAAGAAGUGUGGAAGGAAACUGUCGAGGCGAAGGACCGCAGGGAAGCUUCUUCGUUUCAAUUGAGGCUCUAG